AAAGAAGAUGUUAUUAACAGGCUUAUAACAAUUGCAAAGCGUAGCAAGGCACUGCUACUGUGCAGGACCUCAAUUGGACCGACCGACCUUUUCAUCUGCCAUUUCUUCAAAAUCACUCUCCUCCACUGAAUAAGAAUUACGAAUCAUCAACCACUUCAGUGUUGACUUUACUCAAUUCGCCUCACAUUGCUUCGUCUCGGCAAUAGUUUGCAAAUUUCGAUGGCAGAUCUCAAUUCCAGGACUGAAAUUUCAUUCCUUGAAACGUUUGCGAUCAGUGCCUUCGCUGCUUGCAUCGCCGAGAUCUGUACUAUUCCUUUAGAUACCGCUAAAGUUAGGCUUCAGCUCCAAAAGAAAGCAGCUACAGGGGAGGGAGUGGCCGUACCAAAAUACAGGGGCGUGUUGGACACUGUUGCUACUAUUGCUAGGGAAGAAGGGUUUUUAGCACUUUGGAAAGGCAUCAUACCUGGUUUGCAUCGCCAGUGUAUAUAUGGAGGAUUGAGGAUCGGGUUAUAUGAGCCUGUCAAGGCCUUUUAUGUUGGGAGUGCAUAUGUUGGAGAUGUUUCUUUGUUCCAGAAGAUACUUGCUGCUUUGAUAACCGGUGCCAUAGCAAUUACAGUCGCUAGUCCGACUGAUCUUGUGAAGGUUCGACUUCAAGCUGAAGGAAAGUUGGCUGCUGGUGUACCUAGGCGUUACUAUGGCGCUUUGGAUGCUUAUUACACCAUAGUGAGACAGGAAGGAUUGGGGGCAUUGUGGACUGGGAUUGGGCCCAAUAUUGCACGAAAUGCUAUUAUAAAUGCCGCCGAGCUAGCUAGUUAUGAUCACGUGAAACAGGCCAUAUUAAAAAUUUCAGGGUUCACAGACAAUGUUUUAACCCAUCUAUUAGCUGGUUUAGGUGCUGGUUUCUUCGCAGUCUGUAUUGGUUCUCCUGUUGACGUGGUGAAAUCUAGAAUGAUGGGAGAUUCAUCUUUGUACAAAAACACUUUCGAUUGUUUCAUCAAAACUUUGAAAAAUGAGGGACCUUUUGCCUUUUAUAAGGGGUUCCUCCCAAAUUUUGGCCGGAUAGGAUCUUGGAACGUGAUCAUGUUUCUGACUUUAGAGCAGGCGAAAAAAUACUUGACAAGGGCAGUGUGAAACUACUUUUGUUGUACAUUGGAGUUUAUGAAAGUAAGAAGACAACAGCUUUUAUUUGGAAUCUGCCUGUACAAUAGAUGAAGAUUAUUCGGACAGGGGAAUUAGGUUCCCCUGCUAGUAUUCUUUUUCAUUAGGUUAAUGUAUAAAAGAGUAAAAUCCUUGAAACAAACUUGCCAACACGAUUUAUUGAAUAGCACCAACAAUAUUUAUUCUUUCUACCACCAAGGAUUAGAGGCCAUUACCUCACCUUUCACUUUCUGAUUUCCUGCAUUGAACGAUUGUACAAUGGCCAUUGGCCAACUUUAUCGACAUUGAAUUCGUUAUGGAAGUACAGGCUGCUUUCAUCC